ACAACGAGAAGAGAAGAAAGGGAGAGAGGUGUUCUGUUUGAGAGUGUGAGGAGGGGCAAGAGGAGUGUUCGUCCAAACGUAAGGAGAGAGUGGACCCCUCUUGAGAGAUUUGCGGACACCCCUUCCUCCGGCAUGGCACUCAUCACAUCUGCCCAAUGGCAGGCCAUGCUGGACGCAGCAGACGAGAACGAUAAACCGUCCUUCCAAAAGCUUUAUGACGACGCCGUGCAGAAGGAAAGGGAGGCAGAGACAGCAGCCAGAGCCACAAGCAUAGCUGCUCAGGUGGCCCUCCUACAGGGCCCGGAAGCCAACGCUGACCGGUUCCAGAAGAGGCUAGCUGCUGCCGUAGCAACCUUGGUUCAACUGCGGAACUUGGAAGACCUUGAGUCCCGUGUAACAACGCUGGAGCAGCGAAACCAAGAACUGCAGGCUGAGAUAAUCAGCCUCAAACAGUCCGAACUGUCUGCCCCCCGCCCUCCUAACCCUCGAUCUGUUGUGGUCCCAGUCUCUCAAUCUAACGCAGUCCUCGUGGCAAGGACAAGUGGAACUGUGUCAAGCGCAGGAACCGGUGCCAGCUCCUUGAGCGGCAGCGCCGGCAGUUAUGCGCUAGUCAUAGUCCCAAAUGCAGGGACAUCAGCCCAAAACGCCGCAGUCCUUACUGGCGUUCAGUACAGCGGUCCCAUGGUGGACAAGCGGGCGGCCACUCUGUCGUCCAAGUACGACGGGAAAGCGGACAUCACCUCUUGGAUUAGUUCCAUGCGGUCGUACUUCGAGGUCAUGCGGACACCGCAAGAGGACCGAAGUAUGAUCAUGGGGACUAAUAUUGAGCCCGCCGUACGGAAUCACAUUGAGCUCCAAGUUGUUGUUGCAGGUUAUGAACGAAUUGACCUGACUGAGUGGCUGAAGGUAACCCCUGUACUCACCCUUGAGGACCUUCUCCUCGCAUGGUACCAAGACAAGCAUGUUGCGCUCAAGGCUAGGCUGAAGCUUGAGGCCCUCAAGGGUCAAACAUGGAGGUCCUCCAUGCAAGCUUUGGAACAGCACUUGACCGGUUUGUUCACUACGGAUCUAGUCAACCUAGAAGCCAAGGACCUCGCCAGGCGGAAGAAGGCGCCUGCUGCAGGUGGGAAACCACAACGCAAGCGGUUUGGAAGCAGCAACCAGCUUGCACUGCAUGAUCAUCGGGAGGCUGAAGAACAGUCCUAUGCGGAUGAUCUGUCUCUGGAUGACGAUCUAGAGCCGGACUCCGAUAUGGGCUGUUCCACAUCAGCCAUUGAGUCUGACGUCAACGAAGAUGAAAAACUGAAUGCUUUUAGAAAGACUGCUUCAAACAAGGGGCCUAACCGUGGUUCAGGACUGUUUUCGACUGCAGGGAAACAAGCAAAGGGCGUAGAGGCGUCCUCAGCACUCCCUACAACAAGGGAAGCUGGAACAUCGGUUGCAAGCCCCUCCGAUGAGUCUGAAUCUGAUCAACAGCCCACUCUUGAAGCCCAGAACGACGCUAAAUCCAAGGCUGCUGCAAUUCAUGUGUUAUUCACAGAGCCUUGGGAGGAGUCUAAGGAAGUUGACUUCCACGCUCACGUAGAACACUGGCUGCAGCUCAAGCAGCAAUGCCGUGUUCAAGGGAGUGUGGAGCUAACCUUCUUUAAACUGCUCUUAACCGCCGAUACAUCCGCGUGCUGAUUGAUAGUGGUUCAACCACUGACUUCUUUUCUUCUAACGGGAUUCGUAAGGCGGGCCUGGGAAUGAAGCAAGUGGAACUGC